AACAUUUUACCUGUGUGUGGGAAUUCAAUAUCCAGUUAGCAGUCCCGUAAACAUUUAACUGUUAGUGGAUUUACAUGUGUUCUUAAAAAAUGAAUUAAAUUCCUGAAUUCAAAAUGGAAAUAAAUAUUUAGUAUUAUAAAGGCGGAAAGAAAUGCCAGAUGAAGCUGUCAAAGUGGCCGUCAGGGUCCGUCCCUUUAAUCAAAGGGAGAAGGACCGGACGUCGAAGCUUAUCAUUAAGAUGCAGGACCAGAUGACAACAAUAGCCAACCCUGAAACUCCAAAUGAAGAACCAAAAAAGUUUUCCUUUGAUUACUCAUACUGGUCCCACGAUGGCUUUACAGAAGAUUCUGAUGGUAUACUUGUUGAUAAACCUGGUUCUAAGUAUGCUAGUCAACGUCGUGUGUUUGAAGAUCUGGGACAAGGAGUAUUAGACAAUGCUUUUGAAGGUUACAACUGUUCAUUGUUUGCCUAUGGACAGACUGGUUCAGGGAAGUCUUACUCCAUGGUGGGAUAUGGACCUAACAGAGGAAUUGUACCAAUCACUUGUGAUGAAUUAUUUCAAACAGUAGAAAACAACAGUGAUACUAAUAGGAGAUUUGAAGUAACAUUUUCUAUGUUAGAAAUAUAUAAUGAACAAGUUAGAGAUCUCCUGUCAAAGGAUAACCCCAAAGGUGGCCUCCAAGUCAGACAGAAUCCCAAACUCGGAUAUUUUUAUGUAGAAAAUUUAAAAAAAGUCCCUGUGGGGAGUUACAAGGAAAUUGAAAAAAGAAUGGAACAAGGCACUGCCAGUAGGACUGUGGCAUCAACCAAUAUGAAUGCCACCAGCAGUAGAGCCCACACUGUAGUAACAAUAACCUUUGACCAGAUCAUCAAAGAUUCAGAUUCAGGAUCAGAAACAAAGAAAAGCAGUGUGAUGAACCUCGUUGAUUUAGCAGGAUCUGAGAGAGCUGACAGUACUGGUGCUGUGGGAGACAGACUGAAGGAGGGUGCUAAUAUCAACAAAUCACUUUCAGCACUGGGAAAUGUUAUUUCUGCUUUAGCAGACUUAUCAAUGGGGACAAAGAAGAAAAUAGUAGUUCCUUAUAGAGACUCAGUAUUAACCAAACUUUUACAGAAUGCCUUAGGUGGUAAUAGUAAAACCAUAAUGAUUGCUGCAUUAUCACCUGCUGAUAUUAAUUAUGAUGAAACACUUUCUACGUUACGAUAUGCUGACAGAGCCAAAAAGAUUAAAAACAAAGCUGUUAUAAAUGAAAAUCCAAUGGAUAAACUCAUCAGGGAACUUAAGGAAGAAAAUGAGAGAUUGAAAAAGUCUAUGGAUGGUGGUGGACUUAUUGGACAUGAUAUGGGAAUGACACCUGAGGAAGUUGAAAAAAUGAGAAAACAAAUGGAAGAAGAAAUCCGGGCACAGUUAUUUGCUAACCAGGAAAUGUUGGCACAGAAUACACAGAGCUGGGAAGAACAGUUAGCAGCUGCAAGAACAGAGACAGAGAAUAUCACAGACAAUACAGCUGCUAGGAAGGCUAAGGAACCUCAUCUGAUCAAUCUAAACGAGGAUCCUAUGUUAUCUGGAGUCAUAUGUCAUUUUCUGUCUCAGAAAGAGACUACAGUCGGAAGAAAAGAUGCUAAACCUGUACCUAGUAUAUGUCUCAGUGGAUUAAGUAUUCAAAAGCAGCAUUCUGUGAUAUAUAACAGUAACGGAACUGUAGAAGUAGAAUCGGUGGCUGGUACAGGCUCAAAAACAAAGGUCAAUGGUAUACCACUACAGGGCAAAAAGGUUUUAUGUCAUAAAGACAGAGUUCUGUUUGGUUCUAAUCAUAUGUAUGUGUUCAUCAAUCCAAUGAAGAAGAGUGAAGCUGGAGAUGAUCUGCCAGCAGAAAUCACUUGGGAAUUCGCUCAGAAGGAAAUUGCUCAGGUUAAAGGUUUUGCUACUGGUUCAGCUGGACUGACCAAAGAUCAGCAAAUUGCCCAAGAACAAGUAUUAGAAAUUCUACCUAUGGUAUCAGAAGUAAAUGCUGUGUCAGAGGAAUUAGAUAAACAUAAAUCAUUUGAAGUGGUGUUGAUCGCCACAGCAGCGACUGAUGGAUCAGAUCUAUCUAACAACCAAGGCACAAAGAAUGCAGAUCAAAAUGUCAGAGUGAUGGUGAAAAUGAAGAAUUUAUUGAAUGGUAACACAUGGUUAUGGGAACGUGGUAAAUUUAUGAACAGAAGAUAUUUAAUACAGGAAUUAUAUCAGCGUUUCUUAGAUGGAGAAGAUGUAUCUAAAGUACCCAAAGAAGAGGAUCCAUUCUGGGAGCCAACAGAAGACGUACUGAUAGGAACCGCUAAUGUAUUCUUACAAUCACUUUGUUAUGCUUUAGAUUUUGACGAUAAAGUGUUGAUAACAGACUAUAAAGGUCAAGAAGAAGGUUAUUUAUAUGUUCAUGUGACCCCCUGUGCAGCCAAUGGGAAGCCGUUAGAUGAAGAAUCAUUUGUAGAAGAUCCAAAAGAUCUCCUCAGUAAACCGUACAAUUUUAAGGUGACAGUUAACAAAGCAGAGAUCAAUAAAGUUCGGUUUUCUAAAGGAAUCAAUGUAAAAUAUUCUGUCAAAGUGGAAAGCAAGGGAGACAGUGUAGAGACACCAACAAUUAAAAAUACAUUAACACCAGAGUUCAAACAUUUCAAAGUCAUUCAGAUAUCUAAGUUAAAGAAGAAACAUUUAGAAUUUUUUGAGAGUAAAUCAAUAUGUUUUCAUGUUUAUGGGACACAAGAGGACACAGUUCCUGACCCCAAACUUCUCAAGCUCACCACCAGGGACCUGAAUCAUAUACAUAAGGAAAAUCCUUCCCAGUUAAAAUAUGAGGAAAUGAGACAAUUGGAAUUACGACAGAUGGACUCGAUGGAGCAUGGUAAUCCACAGAACUCUGUACGUAGGAAUACUAUAUUUAGUGCGGAGACCAUGUCUGAUCAGUCUCAUCUGAAAACGGAAGUGGUACUUCUACAACGGAAAUAUGAGCGACUUCAACAGAAAGAAAGAAGAAUGCAGCAAAUAUGUGAAGACUGGAAAAACAAGCCAGAGGAAGAGAAACAAUUUGAGCCAUUUUACCGAUCUGUAUCAGCAGUAGCAUAUAGUACUGGUACCAGACUUAGAACCAGAGUACAGCUUCUGAACUCGGUUCUACGCUUACAACAAUCAUCGAAAGACAAAAUAUCUAAUCAUCCAAAUAUGUUACAUUCAUCAAAAACUAGUCCACAGCUGCAACAACUGGAGAAAUUAUCGAGACAGACUACUGAUUUAUCACAUUUAGUUUUGCAGGGUCAAAAAUUUGUGCGAGAUGUGCAAAAUGGAGGAAAGAAACAUAACUCUCACAAUGAAGAUGAUCUAGUCAGCUUGUAUAUAUUUGGCGAGGAUGAGCCAGUUUUAGCAGCUGAGGCUGAUAAAAAUAAUGGCGUUGUUUCUUAUCAUAUGGUUGCUAAUCACCACUACAAGGAUUUACCCCUUUCUAAUGGACAUCAGAAUCAUCAACCGGAUUCUGAUCCGUACGGUGAUGCUGAUUCCUUGGCCUCUGUUGACCUUGCACCAUUCAUGGGGUUAAAUAAAUCUGCUCUAAACAAAGGAAGAAAUGAUAAUCACAGACGAUACAAAUCCUCAGAGAGUGUUAGCACCAAUGGAAAUAAGGGAAAACAGAAAAGAAGGAUCAAUUCUGCAGAUGGAAAACCAAAGGACGGAAGUUCUGCAUGUACUUUACAAUAACUGUUGAUCUUUACAAUGGCAACUUAAGAUCAAGAAAAUAAUUCUCAUUUUCUGAUUAGAAAAAAACUAUUUGCUGAAAAAGACUUUAUAUGAUGUUGAGUUAUAAAUAGUUGCAUGCAUGUAUUACAAUUCAUACUUAUAGACCAGAUAAUGAUUUAAAUUUUAUAUAUUUUAUUUAUUAUUUUUUUAAAUUUUUUUUUUAAUUUUCUGUGGUAGAGGGAAGCUUUAUAACUGUUCCUCCAAUUAUCUUAAUUCUUACAAAAUAUGGCCAUUUGUACACAAUUUCAACAAAUUCCAAUUCUGAAUAAAAAGAGAUGAGGUUAUACCUAAUGACACUAAAAAACAAAAGACUUUAGAGGUAAGCCUACAGUCUUCAACAAACAGACAACAAAUGAGCUGUGUUGGAUAGAAAUCAUCCUUAUGCAAAUGAAUAUCAAUACAUCUGUUAACCAUUUUUCGUGUUGAAAAAUCUCUUUGCAAAGUCUGUAACUGUUUGAAAAUUGAGUUGAUAUAAGAACCCAACAAAACAGACCAAAAUUCAUCUUAUAUUUCGUAUUUGAAAGUUCCAAAAUCAGUCAAAGUCUUACACAUGUAUAUGUGAUUUCUAUCUGACACAGCUCAAAUGUUGAUUAAAUAUGUAAUUCUGAGUAAAAAUAUUCUGUAAUGUGAAAGACCAACUACCUAUAUGUAAUUCUAUUGUUCAAGUUUUCCUGGAAACUAACCUCUAGUAUUCUUCAAAUAUUAAUCCUAACUAAUGAUCUUUUGAUUUGAGGCUUUAUAGAUAUUUCUCCUCAUUCAUAAUAUAUCUUGAAUGUUCAGUUUAUGAAUCAACAUAACUAUACAAAAUUUCAUUUGUAGGAAGAUUCAGAUAAAACAGGACUUUCAAUUACAAAAAUAAUAUUUAUAUGUCUUGAAAAUUACUGAGUUUUCAAAAUAACACAAUGCUGCAAAUUUAAUAGGAUUUUAGUUGUAUAAACAACAAAUCAAGCAUUAUAUUCAGUUUGCAAUAUACUUAUUUUGUAAUCAAAAAUAAUCUCUUAAGGCUUGUUUAUGCUUUUGUAGUCUUUUGUUUCAAAAUCAAUAAAAAGUUACUUUUUAAAUUAAAAAAAAAAAUGAAGUCAAAUUUCCACCAAUUCUUACUUUCUAUGUAAAUAUAUUGUCAUUUUAGAACAGUAACUUAAAUAAAAAUCUCUGUAUCAAAGCUAGUUUUUUGUGACAUUAUUAUAUUUAAAACAUAUUUUGAGAAUAAAAUCUUGUCUUAGCCAUUAUUUCAAAAAAAAAAUGAAAAACAAUCUAUUUGUCAUUUAGUUAUUUGAUUUUUUAUUAAAUGAAGCAGAGAUACCAAUGACAAAACGUCAAUGGACUACCAAAACUUGAAACUAAACAAAAUAGUUUUGUAAGAAACAGAUAAAAAAAUUAUGUUAGUCAAUGAAGAGUGUUAGAAAGUCAAGUAACUGCAAAAGCAUAAAUAUGUGCCAUUGUAUAAUGUGUGCAAUGUUUUUUGUUUUUCUAUGUGGUGCUUUUUGCCCAUUUAAAUCAGAUAUUGUUUACUAAUAUUUACCUCCUUUUUUGCAAUUUGUAUUUGUUAUUGUUUCUUGCUUGUUUAAAUUUGUAUUAGAUCUCAUAAAUGUACACACACAAAUCACACACUUGAAAUAUUUGUUGUAGCUUUGUUUCACUUAUUUUGUUAUUGUAAAAAAGUGCAUGAAAAUUAUAUGCACUUUUUUUACAACCAUUGAGAAAAAAAAAAUGGUAAAAAAAUAUUAAAACAGUUAGAAGGUAUAGUUGUAGCCACACCACAAAGUAACACACUAGGAAAAAUUUGAUGUAUUCAUUGGAUAUUUGAUAUUUCAAAUAUAUUUUUUGAAAAUGUUUUAUACAUAUUUUAAUAACUGUAUUUACUGUUUUACGAUCAAGAUCAAAUUAUUUGUCUCGAGAAAGGUAUUGAAAAUAAAUGGGAACUUUAUAUUAAAAACAUAAAUUCCUCCCUAGUUUCUUGUAAAAACAGAAAUAAUAUUUGCAGUCGAAUAAAAAUAACUAGAUAUUCCAUCCAGCAUGUUAACAUAUUUUGUAUUUUGUUACUGUUUGUUAAAUAGAUAUAGUUACCUGAUCCGUCCACAGAAUUUGGAAAGCCAUGUAUUAAUGUAUGAAACCAAUUUGGUGAUAUAAAGAUCUGUGAUAUUAUAAAUGAUGUUUAUUCAGACUAUUAUUUUCUUGUAUACUAUUUUCAUACAAUAAAAUGUUACAAUUCUUA